UUGGAUUCCAACUUGCAUCGAACACAAUCACUCGAUUACUUCCGACUAAAUUAAUUCCAAUUCCACCGGCUAAUGUCGAAAUGAGAAAUAUUCUUCGUUUUAGUCAUGAUACUCAAGCGAUAUUUCGAUCGUAUCGUUUCGGACAGAAGAAGCCGGUUUAUAUCUAUCGAUUUUUUGGCACAGGGAACUAUGGAAGAAAAGAUCUAUCAACGGCAAGUUGUUAA